AUGCAGGUGACCCCAUCAUGUGACACAGAGGCCAUCACAUCACUCAUAAAGCAGCACGUCUCCAGUGCCAAACUCAGCACACAGAAUGUGGAGGAUUUGACCUUCACCCUGCCAUUCGAGAACAUGGAUGCCUUCCCAGCUCUGUUCUCGGACCUGGAGGGACGUGUUGGACGGGACAUUGUAAGUUACGGGGUCUCUAUUACCACGCUGGACGAUGUGUUUCUGAAACUGGAAGGAGAGGCCGAGAUUGAAAAAGGAGAUUACGGUGUUUUUGCCCAUGAGCAAAAUGAACAGGAGGACCAGGAUCACUUCUCCUCAGAGCCAGAGGAUUCUACUCUGCUGAUGUCGGACUCUGGUACGCCCACCAUCAGCGGGAUGGCGCUAUGGAGACAGCAGGUGUUGGCCGUGGCGAGGAUCCGAUACUUGAAGCUUAUCCAUGACAUAAAAAGCUUUCGAUCCAUACUUCUUCUGCUGGUACUGUUCAUCCUUCCCCUGGUUACCUCCAGCAUACUGAUGAACAGUUUUCACACCAAAACCACCUGGGAGCUGACUCCACAUCUUUACUUCCGAAGACCUGGAGAUCGGGCCCACAGAUAUUACUCCAAUCUUCUGCUCGUCAACACCACUGGUACGAAACAUAAAGGGGCCAUCAUUUUUGGUUAUCAAGCUAAAAAAAUCUAAUUUGGCAAAUCAAAAACAUUGUCAGACUUAAAGCAGAACUGAAGCAGCGGUUCCUAGAGGUUCCCAGAGCAUUUACUAUA